AUGGACCACCAAGAGCUUCGUUCGGUGUAUUCGGUCCUGCAGUUGAUCUACCAUCGCAAUAAGAACCAGCAUAUAAGAGCAAAAUGGUGGAAAUGGCUGGCUGUUUUGAAGCGCAGCGCCUCUGACUUGCCAUCGAUGAAGUGCGCAGCCGCACACGCCCACCGGCAACAUUUGAUCAAUUAUGUUAUUCCAAAAUGCUACAUGGCAUUUUCAUCAGUUGUUGCAGAUAAUCAAUUCGCCACCCUUGGCGUAGCCUUAUUAGCGACUCUGGCUCGCCUGGCGAAGGCCAUCGGGUUCAACCAAGAGCUCAAGGCACAAACACGACAUGAAUCAAGAACAUUCGCCACUAAACCAUGUAUUGAAGAUCGAGGAGAACGUGUCCAGCGCAUCAACGCCAAUGCUGGCACGUCCAGUACCGCCAGACAAGCGAAAGGACCCACCCCGAGCACGGCCAAGACCAGGUCCAAGAAGAAGUCCUCCAAGCACAAGAGCACAAAGAAUGCGAUCGAUGAUCUCUUCAGCGGUCUUUUAUGA